CUGCCAGCCAAUCAGCUGCCUGCUCCUGGCUUUGUCACCGCGCUCACACCGGGGACGCUUCGCUCCCCCGCUCUGUGGUCGCUUGGGCUGGGGGGCCUCCAGGGACAAACUCACUGCUGCGUGGUGUGUUGUGGAUGAGCAGGAAGUCAGUUCACCAGGCAGCCCAGGGACACCACAAAGGGCUGAAAACGCCUUUUUUUUUCUUUUUGUUUUGCGAGGGGGGCGAUUGUACCCCCCCAGAUCAGUUUUUUUUUUUUUUCCUUUGCCAUUUGUUGAGUUGCGCUUUGCAGAAUACUGAAGCUCCAUGUACGACAAUUUGUAUCUGCAUGGAUUUGAAGACUCGGAGGCGGGCUCAGCUGAUUCCUACACUAGCAGGCCGUCGGACUCAGAUGUAUCACUGGAGGAGGAGCGGGAGGGUGGACGGCAGGAGCGUGAGCAGCAGGCUGCGUUGCAGCUGGAAAGAGCAAAGGCCAAAGCAGUGGCCUUUGCUGUGAAGACCAACGUGUGUUACUGCGGUGCCCUCGACGAGGAUGUUCCCGUAGCAGGAACCGCCAUUUCUUUUGAUACCAAGGACUUCUUGCACAUUAAAGAGAAGUACAGCAAUGACUGGUGGAUCGGCCGGUUGGUGAAGGAGGGCUGCGAGAUUGGCUUCAUCCCCAGCCCCCUGAAGCUCGAGAACAUCCGCAUCCAGCAGGAGCAGAAAAGGGGGCGCUUUCAAGGCAAGUCCAGUGGAAACUCCUCCUCCAGUCUAGGCGAUAUGGUUUCAGGCACAUUCAGACCCAAUCCUCCCUCUGCAGGAAAGCAAAAGCAGAAAGUGACGGAACAUAUCCCACCCUAUGAUGUUGUGCCCUCCAUGAGGCCUGUGGUUCUUGUUGGGCCCUCCCUGAAGGGGUAUGAGGUGACAGACAUGAUGCAGAAAGCACUUUUUGACUUCCUGAAGCACAGGUUCGAUGGCAGGAUAUCUAUCACGAGAGUCACGGCAGACAUUUCUCUUGCCAAGCGGUCAGUCCUAAACAACCCCAGCAAGAGGGCCAUCAUUGAAAGAUCCAACACUAGAUCCAGCCUAGCGGAAGUCCAGAGUGAGAUUGAGAGAAUUUUUGAGCUGGCCAGAUCCUUACAGUUAGUUGUACUGGAUGCUGACACCAUCAACCAUCCAGCGCAGUUAAUAAAGACGUCACUAGCACCAAUUAUUGUUCAUGUUAAAGUGUCCUCUCCAAAGGUCCUUCAGAGGCUGAUCAAAUCUCGGGGUAAAUCCCAGAGCAAACACCUCAACGUACAGCUGGUGGCAGCAGAUAAACUGGCACAGUGCCCACCGGAGAUGUUUGAUAUUAUUCUGGACGAGAACCAACUGGAAGAUGCUUGCGAACACCUGGCCGAGUACCUGGAGGCGUACUGGCGUUCCACCCACACCUCUAGUAGCACUCCGCUGAACCCCCUGCUUGGUCGGAACCUGGGAUCCACAGCACUCACUCCAUAUCCUACUGCAAUCUCUGGACUACAGGGCCAAAGGCUGAGACAAAACAACCACACGGCAGAUCACUCUUCUGCUGAACGGUGCAACUUGGUGACCUCAGACGAGAAUUACCACAACGAGCGGGCGUAUAACAGCCACAACCGGCUGUCCUCGGGCUCCCAGCAGGGCCGGGACCACUACCCCCUGGUGGAGGAGGAGUACCACGACCCGUACCAGGACACGUACAAGCCACAUCGUAACCGCGGCUCUCCUGGUGGCUACAGCCAUGAUUCGCGUCACAGGCUCUGAAAAGGCCCCUGAGAACCAUGGUGACAUUCCCUCUCUUUGGCCAAGUGUGACCAAGCCUUCAUGGCUCCAGUUCAUGUGUGUCCAUCUGUCUGUAAGUGUGACACUGCCUACCCCCUGGCACCGGUUCGAACCGAGCACCGUUGUAUUUAUGCUGUCACACGAGUAUGUAGCAGAUCCGGCUCCUUGGGCACGUUCACGGGCCAUUUGCAAGCAUUUCUAAAACACCCUGCCCCCUACCCAUCCCGAACCAGUGGCAGCGUGCAGAAGCAGUGCGCACAGCAGAGCUCAGCAUUCAACCUGCCAUGUUUACAGCAGAAAUGGAGACCUGUAACACACCUGUAACAUCCUUUGUUUCGUUGGACUGUCCUUGCCAGUCCACAGGGUCCAGUGUUCAUAGCGACAUUUGGGAUGCGCGUAAGAUCAGGGUGAGGAGACACACUUCCCCUACUGAGGUGUGGGUCCCACACGAGUGGCUUUUUCCAGACGGAAGGCCUAGCGAGCGCUGUGAGGACCACACUGCUGUGGUCCCCAGAUGAGACACCGCUCCCAUGUACCACAUCAUGCAGACACAAGGACUUCUGGGCUGUAGGGAACUCCUCCGUGUUUACCGAUUCUUACUGAGGUUCGAUAUCAUUCUGCCUUUCUGUGUUUACAGUGCUCAGACCUACCCUGGAUGUAUCGCCUGCUUGGCUCUAGUUGCAAAGGUACGGGACGGCGGCUCUCUGCGCUUAGGGUCCAUCGCUGUUCACUGCUGAGAAGGCUAUUUCCAGCUGGAUGUCACUUGAGUCAUAUUCUGUUCUGUCCAUUAUUUCCCCAGUUUUAACACCUCUGUUUUCAUGAAUUAU